AUGCCAGGAUUUUUUUUUCCCCACAACAACAUGACUGAAUUAAAUGGAAAAGACGACCGCAAGCUUGCAGAAGGCAAAAUCCAUAAAAAGAAGCAAAAGACUUUUGGUGCAGAUCUCAAAAAUUAUUUGAAGUGCAUGGUACCACAUAUUGAAUCUGGGAUCAAGACUUCCAACUCCAGAAAUGUCAUGCUUUCUGCAGAGGAAGUAAUACAGUGGUCCCAGUCUUUGGAAAAGCUCUUGGCCAGCCAAAGUGGUCAAGGUGUCUUUCGGGAGUUUCUGAAGUCAGAGUUCAGCGAAGAAAACAUUGAGUUCUGGUUGGCUUGUGAGGAUUACAAGAAAACGAAGUCUGAUCACUUGCAUGGCAAAGCAGAGAGGAUUUAUGAGGAGUUUGUUCAGUCAGAUGCUAUUAAACAGAUCAAUAUUGACUAUCAGAUGAGGGAAGCAACAGCCAAAAGGGCUCAAGACCCCACUCACACAAGUUUUGAUGAAGCCCAGAAAACCGUGUACAUCCUCAUGGAAAGGGAUUCAUAUCCCAGAUUUUUGAAAUCCAAGGCCUACCUGAACCUUUUGAACCAGCUGCAAACCAACACUUCAUUUUGAAGUGUCUGAGGCAGUGAAGAGCCAAGUAGACUCUGCAU